AUGACAACAAAGCCUCAAAAUAAUAAACAAAGCAUGCCUGAAGGUGAGAUGGAUGUGAGUUCAUUGUUCAAGAGGACGGAAGUUGUUGGACGAGGAAAAUUCGGCGUGGUAUACAAGGGCUAUAACGUGAAGACAAGACGAGUGUACGCUAUCAAAGUGUUGAAUCUAGAUUCCGAUUCAGAUGAGGUGGAGGAUGUGCAGCGAGAGAUUCAGUUUCUAGCUUCAUUGAAGCAAAUGCCCAAUAUCACGCGAUACUAUGGUUCUUACUUGAAAGACACAAGCCUUUGGAUUCUAAUGGAAUACUGCGCCGGUGGCUCACUUCGUUCGUUAUUGAGGCCAGGCAAAAUUGAUGAAAAAUACAUUGGAGUUAUCAUGAGAGAACUGCUCGUAGCUUUGAAAUGUAUUCAUAAGGACAACGUUAUUCAUCGAGAUAUCAAGGCUGCUAACGUACUGAUCACUAACGAAGGUAGCGUUAAGUUGUGUGAUUUUGGUGUUGCUGCGCAAGUAAAUCAAACUUCUUUACGACGUCAAACCAUGGCUGGCACUCCAUAUUGGAUGGCCCCAGAAGUAAUCAUGGAAGGUGUAUAUUACGACACCAAAGUAGAUAUUUGGUCUUUGGGUAUAACGACAUAUGAGAUUGCCACGGGAAAUCCGCCAUACUGUGACGUAGAGGCUCUGAGAGCCAUGCAGCUAAUCAUCAAAUCGAAACCACCAAGACUUGAGGGCAGAUCCUAUAGCUCAUCUUUGAAGGAAUUUAUUGCCCUUUGCCUUGACGAGGAUCCAAAGGAAAGAUUGUCAGCGGACGAUCUUCUUAGAUCAAAAUUCAUCAAAACUCAUAGAGCCACUCCAACUUCCAUUCUAAAAGAGCUGAUAUCACGAUAUUUACUGUUUAGGGACAAGAACAAAAACAAGUACAGAUUAGAAGGGUGUAUACCGGAGAAUGAACCAUCGAAACACGGCGAGGCUCAAAAUCCACUGCAAACCGAUGAGGUUGAUGAGGCACAAAAGUCAGCAAAAUCAAAUGAUUAUGAAAUGAGGAUGGCAAACGAGGGGGAUGUGGAAAUGAAAUGGGAUUUUGAUUCGUUGAGUUCGUCGGACUACAUUAUCGAAAAUAACAUUAAUCUCGAUGUUCUUGCAGAGGAUACCAAUAACGAAUGGGCCGCUUCCCAACAUGAUCAAUUCAACUAUGCCUACCCUGACGAAGAUUCUUAUUACUUUGACCCCACAAAUCACAAUACGAGACCACUAGUUUAUCAAGGAACUACGAUAGGAAAGGGCUACCCUGGUACAAUAGCUCAAAAUUCCACUUUGAAUGCUCCCAUGACAAAUGCCUAUACGAAUUCAAAAUACCCUUCCAAGAUGGUAGCUGGGACUACAAAAACUUCUGGAACCCAUACUACUGGUCCGAUGACAUCAUCUAAGAAAUUAGAAACCAAAGCUCCUAAACAAUUACUUGAACUCUUUGAAGAUAAUGAAAUCAUCACUGGUGAGAAUGACGUUAAUGCGGAUGCCCCUAAAAUAAGCAAAUCAAUUUCAUCUUUGAAUGCUGGUAACAAUUCAAGAGAAGAUUUUAUACCCUCGAUCUCCAGUGAGGUUAACGGAAAUAUGAAUAACAGUAAAAUACGGCCACAUCUUCCACCUCUGUCAAGUGGAAAUAAUUAUUAUAGCCAAAGCACACCCGCAUUGCCACUUCUUCAAACAAAAUUCAACAAAACUUCAAAGGGUCCCCCAACAAGUGGGCUAACCACUGCUCCAACGUCUAUUGAAAUUGAAAUUCCAGAAGAACUGCCGAAUAGUGCCCUACCGACACCUGCUAGUGCUGAUCCAGUCUUAGCGCCAAGCACAAAGGCGAGGUCCUCUACGGUGACAGCUGGUACACCUUCGUCAUCUAUUCCAGCACAAUAUAAGCCUGUCUCAAAUGUGCCCAGACGAUUGACAGUAAGUAGUAAUUGCCCAGCUACCAUAGGAAACCAAAAAUUAACUACUGCGAUCUCCACUACGUCAAUUAGCGCCAGCACUUCAAACAACAGCAACAACAAUAACAACAAUAUCUAUGGCAACAACGCCGAUGAAGAAUCAUCCAGAGGAAGCAGCGGUAGCAAUACAGCAAAUAGCAUACAGAUGACCACAGCCAAUCCAGGUAGCGCAACGAAGUUAUCGAAUCAUAAAGCUUCUUCGCCCUCAAGGCCGCUGUUGGGAGUGGGUACUUCUCCCAAUAGAAAACCGACAAGCUCCCCCACGCAAAAUACCAACCACAAUGGCAUUCAUGCAGCUCUUGGGGCCCCUCCAACUAUGAAACCAAUGAUCAAUAGCAAGGAUAGCAAAGAUAUUCUCCUGCAACCAUUGAAUAGCAUUGCCAGUUCUUCUACCAUUAACGCUGCAGGUAGUAACGGUAACAGCUCAACGAGCUUGAAUUAUUUCUCCUACGAAAAGGAAUAUUCGAGGGUCAACGGUGACUUCAAGCGCAAUAAUCCGAAUCUUAAACUACAAAUGCCGUUGCCUACUCCUGUUAUGAGAAAUAAACUACUAGAUCCAAAUACAGCAGCCCCCCCGAAUAAUAAUGGUAUGCCAGGAAGUGCCGGCAUAUGCACGAACGAAAAUAUUAAUCAGUUUGGAUUCAACACAAGUAGUGCAUCCAACGUCCCCGUAUCAAUGACUCCAAUAAGUGAAAAGCAUAUAGAUUUUGGAAGCAAAAUCAAGAGGAGCCAAAGCAUUUCCAAUAGAAAAAACUCUUCUGCUUCGGAACAUCCAUUGAAUAUUCUUGGCUCAUCUGUUUCCGGCAACUCCUCCGGAGUCAAUAACAACAGCGUCGGAACUAACAGCAAUAAUGCUCCUGUUGUCAACGCAGGUGUUGCUGCUACUAAUUCUCUCGCUACUGCUACCGCCGCUGCAAGUUCUACCGCAGCCGCUCCAAUUUUACAACAGAGUAUUCUACCCGGAACACAGCCUAAUCAUGGUUUGGGUUCUGCAGUAGCGGUCGCAAACUCUGGAAAUUUGUUAGGUAUCACUAUGUGUCCUCCUUCAACGAGCCUACAAAUGGAAAUGUUUUUGGACUUAGAAUCAAGUUUGCCAGGAAAACAAAGGCGGAUAGAUAGGAAGCCUCAAGUUCUGAAAGAGCUAGAAAAUCUUCUACAGAUGUUCGAAGAAGGAUUGCCCUGCAUUGAACACGCUUUGAAGGAGCAACUUUUAUCAUCGCCCAUCAAGGACAAUGUGCAUCAGAACAUCUUCUAG